CUCCCUCCGCGGGAUCACACGUUGGAACCGGGCCGCGGCGGGAGGGGGGUGGGGAGCGGGAGGAGGAGCGCAAGCCACUGGCGCUGGAGCCGGGAAGGACCCGGCUCUGCGCACGCGCCCGAUCCUCCACUGCGCACGCGCGCGCGGAAGUGGCGAUACCGUUGUGAAAUUCCUUCUUGGUGGGCGGAGCGAGAGGCGGAAAAGCCGUAGUGCGCAGGCGCCUCAACGGCCACUCGCAGAGCGCGCGCUGUCACGUCGGUCUGUUCGGCGCGGUCUCUCCCAGAGGCUUUCCCAGGUGCAGUCCCUCGGAUCUUUGCGGGAUUGUCCGUGGUCAAGGGGAACAAAUCUCUCUCCAUACCCACUGCCCCGCCCCCGGAAGAGCGACGAGACGUCCUGUACUCCUUCAUUUCGUCCAGUGAAUUCCUGAGCCUGGCGUUCGUUCGUCGUAGGCAGCUUGAUCAGGUGUUUGUCAUCUCGGAUUAUGAUAACCCAUCAGUGAAAGAAUGGAAAUAGAGUUUUCCCUGGCAUUUUGGAUUAGCAUCUCUCUAACUUCAUACAAUAUCUUAUAGAAGAAAUGGCUACUGGACAAGACCGAGUGGUUGCCCUUGUGGACAUGGACUGUUUCUUUGUUCAAGUGGAGCAGCGGCAAAACCCUCACUUGAGGAAUAAACCUUGUGCAGUCGUGCAGUACAAAUCCUGGAAAGGUGGUGGAAUAAUUGCAGUGAGUUAUGAAGCUCGUGCUUUCGGGGUCACUAGAAACAUGUGGGCUGAUGAUGCUAAGAAGUUAUGUCCAGAUCUUCUACUAGCACAAGUUCGUGAAUCCCGAGGGAAAGCUAACCUUACCAAGUACCGGGAAGCUAGUGUUGAAGUGAUGAGGGUGAUGUCUCAUUUUGCUGUGAUUGAACGUGCCAGCAUUGAUGAAGCGUAUAUAGAUCUGACCAGUGCUGUGCAAGAGCGUCUACAGAAGCUACAAGGACAGCCUAUAUCAGCAGACUUGUUGCCAACCACUUACGUUGAAGGUUUGCCUCAAGGCUCUACACCAGCAAAAGAGACUGUUCAGAAAGAGGAGAUGCGAAAACAAGGCUUACAUCAAUGGCUCGAUUCUCUUCAGGUUGAUAACACCACCUCUCCAGACCUGCAGCUCACCAUGGGAGCAGUGAUUGUGGAGGAAAUGAGAGCAGCCAUUGAAAGGCAGACUGGAUUUCAGUGUUCAGCUGGAAUUUCUCACAAUAAGGUUCUGGCAAAACUGGCCUGCGGACUAAAUAAGCCCAACCGCCAGACCCUGGUCUCGCAUGGGUCUGUCCCACAGCUCUUCAGCCAAAUGCCUAUUCGUAAGAUCCGCAGUCUUGGAGGAAAGCUUGGUGCCUCUGUCAUUGAAGUCCUAGGUGUAGAAUACAUGGGUGAACUGACCCAGUUCACUGAAUCCCAGCUCCAGAGUCAUUUUGGAGAGAGGAAUGGGUCUUGGCUGUAUGCCAUGUGCCGAGGAAUCGAACAUGAUCCAGUUAAACCCAGGCAGCUACCCAAAACGAUUGGCUGUAGCAAGAACUUCCCAGGAAAAACUGCUCUGGCUACUAGGGAACAGGUCCAGUGGUGGCUGCUGCAGUUAGCCCAGGAAUUGGAGGAAAGACUGACGAAAGACCAGACUGAUAAUGACAGGGUGGCCACCCAGCUGGUUGUGAGCAUCCGUGUGCAAGGAGACAAACGUCUGAGCAGCUUGCGCCGCUGCUGUGCCCUCACCCGCUAUGACGCUCACAAGAUGAGCCAGGAUGCGUUUGCUGUCAUCAGGAACUGUAACACUUCAGGAAUCCAGACUGAAUGGUACCCUCCCCUGACAAUGGUCUUCCUCUGUGCUACGAAGUUCUCUGUCUCUGCCCCUGCAUCUUGUACAGAUAUCACUGCCUUCCUGAGCAGUGACGCAGGUUCUCUAUUGCCAGUCACCAACCUGGAAGCCAAGACCCAGGGAAGUGACCCAGUGGUGAUAGCCACCAAGAAAGCAACCACCUCUCUGGAAUCAUUCUUCCAAAAAGCUGCAGAGAAGCAGAAAGUUAGAGAAGCUUCAUGUUCACCUCUUACUGCUGCUACCCAGACACCGACAAGCAAGUUACCAUUCAAGCCCCCUUUACUUUUCCAGACCAGUUGGACGACAGGCAUGGAACCCUUCUUUAAGCAGAAGAGUCUGCUUCUAAAGCAGAAACAGCUCAGUAAUUCUUCAGUGUCUUUGCCUCCACAAAACUCACAGGCCAACUCUAAAGGAUCACCCAGCUAUUUUCCAACAGAGCAUUCAGAGGGUGCCCCUGCUUGUGACAGACCACUGAAGCUGGCCUCCUGUAAGGCAGUUUCUAGAGAGGAGGAUCUGACACAAAAAAGCCUAGCAAUGCCUGCGUUUUCAGUUCUCGAGUCUCUAGAGGUGGCCCCAAAGGCAGUGGCUACCUCCCAUCUUUUAGCUGCUGAGGACCAGCUGCCCUGUGACAAGUGUGGCUCCCUGCUUCCAGUGUGGGAGAUGCCAGAACACAUGGACUACCAUUUUGCAUUGGAAUUGCAGAAAUCCUUUCUGCAGCAGCAGUCCUCAACUCCCCAGGCUGUUCCAGCUGUGUCUCCUCAAGGGAAAAGAAACCCCAAGAGCCCCUUGGCCUGUAGUAAUAAACGUCCCCGGCCCGAGGGCAUGCAGACAUUGGAAUCAUUUUUUAAACCGUUAACACAUUAAUGCUGCCCUCAGGCUUGCUGUAGGGUUUUAAUAUUUUGCCUGUAACCUGGGAGAUGGAAAUACAUUCAUUAUUUAAGGAUAUCUAUAAUGAUGAAAACUUUUUUUUUUGUUAUGGGGAUCGAACUCAGGACCUUGUGCUUGUGAGGCUGGUGGCACCACUGAGCUAAAUCCCCGGCACAAUGAAUUUAAUACAAAAACAAAACUAGGAAUUGCUAAAGGAUUCGAGUUUUUAAUCUUUAGA